CGACUUGAUUAAUUAAAUGCGGAAUCUGUUUCAUCCAUCAGAAAUCGACCCGUCUGCUUCUUCAGUAAAAUCCCAACCGCUUUGAUUUGAUUUAGAGGGGAAAAAUUAAACAAUGUGACUCCAAUACAUGCGGUAUAAUCAAUGGAAUUUCGGAUAUGCCAAUGCGUUGCGUCACAGAUGGUACAGUAUUCUCACUACAUUAUGAUGCAUAUGUAUUGACAAAUAAUCAUGUUCAGAGGCAUUUUUCUCUUUCCUGUCAUGCUGUGCAAUGGAGAACGACGUUUUUAAAAGCUGUCAGGAGAAGACCUCAAAGCCCCUGUGUCAGAUACCCUCGCAACCAGAGAUGCAAACUCGUCCACUGAAAGGGAAGCCUCCUCAGAUCAUGAUAGAAACAAAGCCGUCAGUGAGCAGCAGAUUGCCUGCCAUGACAAAGCUUCCAGUCCUACCUGGGGUCGCCUUUAAAUUUCAUAGAGCCAGCCUGGGUAAAAAGUUGUAUCAGCCUACAUCUGAUUUCAACCUCAGUGACCCAAACUGUCACAUUAUGAGGCCGACGUACAACAGUUUGCAUGACCCAAACCUCAAUGAAUACUACCAUCGGAAGGAAAUGCAUGAGAAGUUAAAGAAGCGAAACUUCAUCACUAAAGAGGACAACGUUGUAUGCUCAUUAAAGGAGUAUAACACAUACAAACAUUACCUGGAUACGGUCAAGACUGACCAUCAUAAAACGUACAGCAAAAAGUUGAAGGAACAGAUACUGAGAAUGGUUCAGUUGCAAGAGGAAGGCCAUAUACCUAAGGACGUUACCCUGGAAGAUAUGAUAGAGUACUUACUGAAUAAAGGAGCACAGAACCUGAAGCAUCUGCAGUCAACCAUUGGUUCCAGGGACAGGGGACAGAAAUAUGGCCUGCAAACUGCGUUGUAUGACCAAGAGAGAGAGUUUAAAGAGGAUUGGGUUUCUAAGGAGCGAUCCAGGCUGAAACUCAUUGAAAAGGAUGUGAGGCACGAUUUGAACAAGGCCAAGUAUAUGAAAGAGGCCAAAGAAAAGCGCAUCAGAAAGAAAAUGUGCAUUAUGGAACAAAAACAGGCUAUUCAGUUGAGGAUAAUGGAAGAGGAAUUGAAAAACCUCCAGGAGUUUGAGAGGUUGAGAGAGGCCUCUAUCAAACCAAAUAAGCUGCUGGAAGAAAUAUUUGAAAAACCAGCAUCUGCUCAGCCUGCUCUCAAACCUGCUCACUCCAAAACUGUAAAGAAAACAGUUUCUCUGUCAGUAAAAUCUAAGGAAAAGCCAGCCAUGCUACAGAGGAGACCAAGCCUUGCACCACGCCAGAGGAGACCAUGCCUGGAUGGUCUGGCACCGCUGAAGGGUUUCCAAGAACCUGUUUUUAGGAUCUUCAAAGCCAUCAAGGGACAAAGCAUCCCAGACAGAGCUCAGCUGAAAUCUGUCAUCCUCGACCACUUAGGCUCCAAGCUUGUCAGGAAGCAGCUGGCGGAGUCAAUCAGGGAUGAGGUCAAACUGACGAUUCCAGGGUCUACACCAGCGGCACAAAGGGCUCUGAGUGCCAGAAUCGCUUACGAUGUGUUGAAGUGCGUCUCUCGAGCGGCCAAUCCUAGCAAUGAACCUGCCUGCAGACUCCGUGGGGGCAACACAAUCAAACCCAAUGCUCAAGCAGAUGAUCCAGAACCAGAGGAGCGGAUGGCCAACGGAGAAGACAUAAACACCUAUGUGACAACGUUGAUCACUGACGUUCUGGAGGAAGUCCAGGAGCAGGUUAUCGUAAUGAUCCGAGAAGACUCUCCUACCCAAUUCAGAGUUGUCUCUGCAAAGGCCAGCCAAACAGCCAUUGAUGUGGUAAGCAAUGUUUUGGAAGACAUUAGACACUUAUUAAAUGAGGAAAACAUUGAAGAGCUUGCACUAGACUGUGAUGCUGAAGAAGGCACCUCAGGUAUAACAAACAUUCAGCCACCUGCAUUGACUGCAUUAAAAAAGGCAGACCCCGAGAACCGCCGAGAUUCCUGUUCAAAACUAGAAGGUGUCGCCUGUGACCUUAUUAACACUGCAUAUGACAGCAUCCUAUUCGAGCUGGCUUUUCCUGAGCUUCAGGGUGAAAGAGAUGAAAAAUCUCCUUCCCUGACUCUGGAAAUACUUCCCUCGGAGCCAGUGAUCUCAUCUUUAUCCAACUCUCCCAGUUAUGGAAUGGUGUUUUCAUCUGACACUUCAGAGGUUGCAGAAAACAACAGUAAGACAAGCAGCUCAGAGGCCUCCGCAGCUGCAUCAACCUCGUCCCAGGAGACGGAUACCACAACCACUGUAGAAUGCAAAGAAGAAAGAGUAGAGAAUGGUAACACCAGUGAAACAGACAACGUCCUUUCUGUCCCCUCAGUCAAUACUGAAGAAGUUGUUUCAAAGCCUAUUCUCUUGCACAAGGUGAAGAAAGAAAAUGCAGCCACCAGAAGCGCUUCUCUUCCCAACCUGUAUGGACUUGUUGUGGAUGCAGUUAUGGACCACUUCAGCACAGAACCCUUCAAAGACAAUCUGGCCCAAUCAGUGAAGAAUGAGGUGAGACGCACCCUUUCUAUGCCUGAAUGUGGAUUGUUGAACCUUCAAAUUGAUAAUUACUUUGAGAGGAAAAUGCUAGAGGAUAUGCUGAAGGACGUAUCCCGACAGUGCGGAGGAACAAGCUCUAGCACCGUGGCUGAAGAGGCUACAGAUGAAGAAGAGAUCUACAGACUAGAAUCUGCUGCAGCACAACUGAUACAGAAAGUUUUCCAGGAGGUCAAGACAAAUUUUGUUGUCAAGAUCAAGAAGGGUUCUCCCAAGAGAUGUCUAUCCCCAGAAGUAAGCCAAACAGCCAUCAAUGCUGUGAGCAGUCUUCUGGGUGACAUGGAGACAACUGUGAUGGCCAGUGUUCGAUGUUCUUGUACUACUUCCAGAGCAGAUAUGGAAGGAAUGCUCUCUGAGGCAACAGGCGAGCACCCAGCGAAAUCAAUGGCCUCUGCAAAAGUUGAGUUGAUCGCUGAUGAUUUAGUGGAAGAUGCCAUCGAUAUGUGCAGUGAAAUGAUUUUAGACGACCAGCCACUAGCCCUACUACAUGACGAUCCUGAAGAAGGUACAUCAAAUGUUGUUGUUCCUGGACCAAUUCAGAGCAGCCUGUCUGGAGUUGAUGAACGCCACACAAAAUCACAGGUCCUUGCAGUAAAGAUUGAAGACCAUGAGGUAAAGCCAAUUUUGAUCCAAGACACAGCGCUCAUAUCUCCAGGUGAGAAGAAUACGGAUGAAAAAAGAGUCAUUAGAGUAAGUUAUGUCUUUAACUCAUCCCCUAGAAGGAAAGCUCACCGGGCCACCAGAAGCACCUCUUUCCCUAACCUCUAUGUCACCCUCGUGGAUGGAGUUCUGGACCAAAUUAGCACAGAACCUUUCAAAGAAACCCUGGCCCAAUCUGUGAGGAAUGAGGUAAGACAUUCUGUCUCUUUGCCUCAAUUUGGAUCGGUGAACCUCAAAAGCGAGGACUGCUCAGAGAAAGAAAUUAUUGAGGAUAUGUUGAAAAGUGUAUCCAGAAAACGCAGUAAAGACCAGGCCUGUCAGCUGACCGGGAAAGCCAGUGAGACCAUGAAUGCCAACGUAGAUGCCAUUUCACUUACCCCCAAACUACAGUCUACUGCCAAAGACCAAAUCAUCAAAGUUCUGGAGCAGGUCAACACUAAAAUAAUCAAUAUGAUUAGACAAGAUUCUCCCAACAGGACGAUUUCCCCCAAGGCAAGCCAGACUGCCAUCAAUGCUGUCAGCAACAUUUUGGGUGCUAUGGGAACCUCUCUCAAGGCAAGCAACACACCAUUUGUUUCUAAUGUGGCUGGACUCCAGCCUGACCGAGAUGAUGUAGCAUCUUACUCAACUGAAGCUUUUGAGGGAUUUCCAGGGAUCUGGAUGUCAUCCCUGAAGAUAAAAUAUAUUGCCUCAGGCCUCAUGGACACUGUCUGUGAGGACCUACUGGAUGAGGAUGGUUUCCUCAGACGGAGCGCUGGUGCAAUAUCCUCACAGGAAGACCUUAAUCUUCAGAAGGUAAUUACUUCAAAACCAGCAUCCCCAGUCAAUUGCAUGCCCGUCAAAGGAUGCCUGUCAAUGUCCUACCUUGAUGCUUUGAAGAAUCCUGAAGACAUUGAAAAUGCUACUCACCUCAGUAGAAGCAUUGACUCUCUCUCUGUAAUUGGUGUGCCUACUUCAACCUCAAAGGAAGUUUCAUACGGCACAGAAUUGAAACUGACACAGUUGCAAAAGGAUGUCUCUGCAUCAUCCUCACUUUAUGCCAUGAGCAACUGUCGGAGCUCAUUGGAGUUUCCCUCCAGUCGAUCCGAUAUCCCUAUUGACAAAGAGGCCCAAAGGAUUUCCUCCACAUACGAAGAAGACAGUCUGUCCAAAUCCCUCCUGACCUCUUCCAAAUCAGUCUUCAAUGUCUCUGGCCUCGUCCCUACUCCUCCAGAGGGAAAGCCAAAGGUGAGGCUGCCACGGCGCCCAGUGCUUCACCUUAGGAAGGUUCCAGAGGAGCCCCCCAAAAAGAUGCACAUUUACACAGUUUGCAGGGAUGCUUUUCAUUUCCCAACUGAGACAAUGCGAUCGACCAGUCCAUCAUCAUUCGAGGGAGAAUUCUCAACUCCAGAGUCCCAGAGGCCAAGAGCGGUGGACAGCUCAGACAAGGAGUCUAUCUUUAAUAUAGACUCAUCCAAAAGACUCGUCGCAGAGAUAAUGCUGUCUGUUCGGGAGGACAUUGUUGAGGCAAAGCAGAGAGAGUUGGCCGCACAUCUGGCUGUGCUGUCGUCUGACAAUGAGAUGCUCAGCACUUUGGCUCAGAGUGGGACACCCCGCGCCGAUUCAUGAACUGCCUCCAACACCUCUCCUCACAGCGAGAGUGAUAACUGACUUGGACAUACAUGGUAGAAGCAUUUGCUUACAUUAUUUUGAAUCACAUUGAGCUAUUAAAGAAUGCAUUUAUUUUCUAAAAAAGACAAAAGCAUUUAUUUACAAUGUGUAGUUUUUCUUAAUGUAAGUGUUAAGUUAGGAAUAUUAAAUAGAAAAUUAGGAGAGAGUAAUUAUAUAUCUUUGACACGGGUGUGAUCUUUUUAGUGGUCCCUGAAGCGUACGCUCACACCCGUGUGAUUAGAACACUCAUUUAGAACGGCCAGUUUCGAAUGAGGCAACAAACAGCGUUUGAGCUGGCCACACUUUUUUUUCCCAGAAACUAUUUACACAAACACAGUCCUUAAAGUUAUGUCCAGAAUGUGAGCAGUUUAUUUUUGGAUUCAAUGUUAAGAUAUUCACAGAAGUAUAUAUAGCAUAACACAAUCAUCCUAACCGGAAAAAUGUAGGCUACAUUUGUCCUAGCGCUAACUGAGGAAAGAUUGACCCAACACAAGCAGUCAUAUUUUCUAACUCUCAGCUGACAUAAACUACAAUAUGAAUUAGCUAAUAGCAAUUACUAUGUAUAAUUAAUCACAUCACGGGUGAGUUUACCAUUGUUCGAAAUAAUUAGGUAAAGCACUUUUUAGAAAUCGUAAGACGAUUAGUUUCAUCGAGCAGCCAUGCAUUUUUUCCUCACAGAAACCGAAGAUAAUAAGACAAGAUGAGUUUGGUCUGUUUAUAGUAUGCAUGUUUAAGGGGUGUGUCAUCUACCGUCGUUCACAUCCCACCAUUUCGUUCCGGAAGUCCUCAAAAUGAGUGAACUCUUACUCACCUCAUUUUGUUAUAACAUCUUUGGUCAAACAGACGAUUACGUGAACCCAGAAUACAUUGAAUGUCAACAAACAUGGCUACACAGCUGGAAAUAGCUUAGCUCAUCAUAAUCAGUACAACCUUCAAAAAAAGCAUUUUACACACAUAAUAUAUGUGCAAGAGUCGGAAUGCAUGAUUUGUCACCUAGAUUUGAAAACAUGUGAAUAAAACCGUAAAUACACAAAUAAUUGCCACAAAACAUUUUCUGAUACAAGUGGCGCGUGCCGGCAUUCAACCACGUACUCUCUCACUCUAAACCAUUCAGUGUUGUUGUUUAUGUAUGUAGCUAGUGAGCUAAGCUGAAGCAUUAGCAAUGUCUUUCAAAAGGAGACAACAAACAAAUGAGAACAUUCUGGAGAUUUUUUACAAUUCUGACAAUGAGUCGGAGUAUGAAAGUCAGGAAUCAGAUUCUGACAAUGAGGAGCUGCCCCCCAAUCUUGUAGCCAUUGAGAACCCUGAAUCUGCAUUUCCACUGACGAAGUCCCAGGUGCCUUUAAAGAUGCUGGUGUGUGAUGGAGGUAUACCAACAGUGGAUGAAGUACAGGAGUUCUGUGGUAGCUGGAAGGCCACCAGUCAUUUCACCCCUCCUGGCCCUGCUGUUUGCUUUGACGAGUCCUUGUCUGGAGUGCAACACCCCUUGCCAUUUCCAACUGAGUCAGAGUGCUUCAAGUUGUUUCUGACAGAGGAGCUGGUGGGAGAUAGUAGAGACCAAUCGCUAUGCCUUGGAGCUACAGGAUAAGAGAGAGCCAGGAGUGGGGGACAACCACAAUUAGUGAAAUGUAUACAUUCCUGGUGACAGUAAAGACUGCUUUCUAGUUCUGCUGCUAUGACUGCAUUUCAUCAACGCUACUACCAUCCUAAAUGACCCAUUAUACAAAAUAAGAAAUGUUAACAGCUGGCAGUAAAGUGCCAUAACAAACGAGACGUCCAUGUCCUCUCCACUGUCCAUACAGCAACCAUGUCGGCCACAGGGAAGGUGGACCACCUGACGGGAGAGAGAAACAAACCAGACAGAGAAACAUUAAACCAGACUGCGUGCUUGACUAUUGCCUCAAAAUGGAAGCAGUGGAUAAGGCCGACAUAAUAAACAGCUUUGUGGAACGCACUCAGAAAACGACCAAGUGGUAUAAGAUAUUUUUCCAGGGUAGGUUCAAAAUAAAACAUGCCAAUACUUCUGACAUAUUUACCAUUGUUUUACAGAGCUAAUAUAAUCAUGUAACUAGCUACAUAAGCACGAUUGAAUAUAACACCAUAAAAGGUGAGUAACAUGAGUAACGUUACCUAGCGUGUCCGCAGUUAUAAGGAAUAUACACAAAUAUAUUAUGCUC